AUGGAUAGGUCGCUUGCGACCCUCCUGAGGUCUUUACAGACAUCAGAGCACCCCGAAGAAGCCUUCAGGCUGCUCCCGGUCGCGACGAACCUCUUGUCCAAACUCUCCAACCCUCUCAAUGUAACACUUUUGGCCUCUCAAGUCCUCUCCAACGAUGCUCUCUAUCCCAGACCCGUUGAGCUAUCAGCAUCACGUCGCGUCUUCAGUCUUUUCUACACCGCCGUCUUGCGCCUGAUCGAGGACAAGCAAAACCCACCACAGACUGCCCUAAACCCCGCCGUUCCGCCCUCUCAUAGCGAUCUGUCCAUCUCUCAAUGGGUCAAAGCCGUUGUAAAAGGAGCCGAUGAUACCUCGCCUCGAUGGCGACACUCCUUGAUGAUUGGUGCUCUGCUGCUGGCGUUUCAUUCACGACAGUUUGAGGACCUCUCCUGGGAUCUGCGUCAAAAGCUGGAGGCUGCCCUGGUGAUAUCUUCGAAUCUCGCUCUCCAGCAGAAAGAUACCGAAGCCAAUUCCGAAUUCGUAAUUGUCUUUGUCCUAAAUCACACCUUCCCAGUUCUCUCAGAAACCCAUCAGUCACAGAUCCAAUAUAACUUUCUGCUGCCGACUCUGGUCGAUACCGCUCUGUUCUCUCACGAAGGUCUGGAGCACGGCUAUUGGCUCGCAAGCGUGGAUCGCGAUGUUCGUCAAUCUUCCGAGAACACAUUCAAUUGGUCUGCCGCCUCUCCCUCAUUCAAGAAGAUCACCGAGAUCAAGUCCCGGCCACUCGUGACUGGACUGGGAGCGUUGUCCCGUCUCCUGGCACAUGCUAUCGACCACGUGCAUGAUCGCAAUUUGAUCAUCUAUACCACCAACAGAAUCGCAGAGUUCUCCAAGAACGUUGUCACCUCGUGGAGACAGAAUAAACUCUCCGAGAUUGAACCUGGUGAGGAAGUACAGUUCUUGGAUCAAGAAACCCUGGGCAAGACUCUUCCAUCUCUCCUGCAAAUGCUUCGAGAUACAAUGUUUGCCGCCGUCAUUGCUCUUCGUUCUGUUUUGGGCCGACUCCUAUGCGAUAAUCUUUUGGCUUCGAACAAUAAUGCACCAGCACUGGCCAUGCAGAGUUUGCACAUUCUGCGGGACACUUAUUUCAUCGCCCACCGCUUUGGAUUGACGUCGUCGUCUCAGUACACAUUCGUCAACUUUACUGCCAUUGACAUUUUGAGUCAGUACCAAGCACAGUCAGUACACUUUCUGGAAGCAACUCGUCCUGUUGAGAUCGGCGAGAUCCCUGCACAUCCUUUGGACCGCCUGUUGGAUCUGUUCUUCCUCAACACUGCUGAACAUUUCACCCUGGCCAUCCCACCUCGCAUCAAUCAAGGCCUACUUUUCAAUGCUGCUGCACCAUAUGUGAAUCCGCAAGACGAUUCUCGAUUAGGAGAGAUAUAUGAAGCUGCUCACAGUGUAAUGCUGGCCAUCUUUGCAGCCCCGCAGAACACCGAGGUUGCCACGCGGAAUGUCCCAUUCUAUGUUCAGACAUUACUUCAGAGCUUCCCCAGGCCACUCAAUUCCCGGCAGUUCAGGCUCGCCAUCAAAUCCAUCGUGCGUAUAGCUGCGCCUCCGUCUUCUGUGGCAUUAGCAAUGCCCCUCAUGCAGGCUAUCAUUCUGGACUUGCUCCGUGAGCGCGUUGAACAUGCCUCAGAGGAGUUUCUUCCACCAGACCCAAACAUCCCAGUGGAAGAAACACAGCCCCUUUCUGAGAAAGCAGUCCUGCUUCUUUGCAUCAUUGAUUGUUUGAGCUUUCUUCCCAUCCCGCUCUUGGAAGAAUGGCUGCCGCUCACCGCAGAUCUUUUGCAUCGCAUCCAAAGCCCGGGGCCAAAGCAACAAUGCCAACAAAGGCUGUGGGAAGCGCUCAGCAACGGUGAGAUGGACGUGGAUCGUGCGGCUGUUUGUGUCACAUGGUGGACGUCCAGGGGGGGCCGCGAGCAUGUCUUGCUUGGGUCUCUGCCGGAAGAGCAGGAGUAUGCCAUGUCUGGGGCUAUUGCAGUUGACAGCAAGCUUUGA